UCACGUGCGCUAAAGCGUAAAGCAUGGCGGACGCUCAAGAUUUCUAUUUACGCUAUUACGUUGGUCAUAAAGGGCAGUUUGGACAUGAAUUUCUUGAAAUAGAGUUUAGACCUGACGGCAAACUGCGUUAUGCUAACAACUCACAGUAUAAGAAUGACGUUAUGAUCAGAAAAGAGUGUUACGUUCAUCGAUCUGUGUUGAAUGAGCUGAAACGAAUCACAGAGGAGAGUGAAGUUAUGCAGGAAGAUGACAGCUUGUGGCCUCAACCCGAUCGAGUAGGCAGACAGGAGCUAGAGAUUGUACUUGGAGACCAGCACAUUUCAUUUACUACAUCAAAAAUUGGGUCACUAGCAGAUGUCAAUGCAUGCAAAGAUCCAGAUGGCUUACGCUGCUUCUACUACUUGGUUCAAGAUAUCAAGUGUAUGGUAUUCUCACUGAUUGCUCUGCAUUUCAAGAUCAAGCCAAUCUAGUGAUUGAUGUAAUGGCACUGUGUACACGUACUGAUGAAGACGUAAUACAUAGUCAUUAUGUAAUAAAUCUCGCUGUUUGACAAAAUUCUCAAUUAUCAGUUUACUAGACAGUUACAGUUGCAACUAGGUAAAUGACAAGUACUAAACGACUCUA